CAAAAGGACCCAAACAGUUCCCUACCGGAAGUGUCGAGAACAUGAAGUAAACAUUGGAUUUAACGCUGAUAUUUGGUCAUUUCCAGCUCUUUCAGAUUCCUCGAGUGUGGAAAAUGAACAACAUGUCCCCCGAAGUUGCACUGCACCGGAUCUCACCGGAGCUGCGGCCCCUGCUGUGCAGCGUGGUGCGGAACGGCCGCGUGGGACUCGACUCAACCAACUGUCUCCGUGUCACAGACCUCAAAACAGGAUGCACGUCUCUGACCCCGGGUCCCUGCUGUGACCGCUUCAAGCUUCAUAUCCCCUACGCAGGGGAAACCCUGAAAUGGGACAUUAUAUUCAAUGCCCGAUAUCCAGAGCUGCCACCAGAUUUUAUAUUUGGAGAGGAUGCAGAGUUUCUUCCUGAACCCUCAGAACUACCGCACUUGGUGCAGUGGGAUGCCGGAGACCCCGAGUGUUUGCUCCAGCUGGUGAAGGAGCUCAUCCAGCAGUACCACCAGUACCAGUGCCAGCGCCUGCGCGAGAGCUCCAGGCUGCUCUUUGAGUACGACAGCCUGCUGGAGGAUCCUAACUACGGCCGCAACAUGGAGAUCUACGCUGGACGCAAGAACAGCUGGACAGGAGAGUUUUCAGCUCGUUUCCUGCUCAAACUUCCUGUGGACUUUAGCAACAUCCCUGUCUAUCUCCUAAAGGACACAGCGUUGGACCCUGGAGAGGAUGUGGCCCUUCUCUCCGUGAGCUUUGAAGAUGCGGAGGCUACCCAAGUCUUCCCUAAACUCUACUUGUCUCCCAGCAUCGAACACGCUCUGGGAGGCUCCUCGGCACUUCAUAUCCCAGCAUUCCCCAGUGGAGGCUGCCUCAUUGACUAUGUCCCUCAAGUGUGCCAGUUACUCACCAACAAGGUGCAGUACGUGAUCCAAGGCUAUCACAAGAGGAGGGAGUACAUCGCUGCCUUCCUCAGCCACUUUGGCAUGGGUGUGGUGGAGUACGAUGCUGAGGGGUUCACAAAGCUCACCCUUCUGCUCAUGUGGAAAGACUUUUGCUUCCUGGUCCACGUGGACCUCCCGCUGUACUUCCCCAGGGAUCAGCCCACUCUGACCUUCCAGUCUGUCUACCACUUCACCAACAGCGGCCAGCUCUAUUCUCAGGUGCAGAAGUCGUAUCCCUAUAGCCCGCGCUGGGACGGCAACGAGAUGGCCAAGAGGGCCAAAGCCUACUUCAAGAGCUUCAUCCCUCAGUUCCAAGAGGGAGCCUUUGCCAAUGGAAAGCUGUAGUACUCUCUGGCUGAAUAGCUUUGCCUGGAGAGUUGCCUGUGAGAGGGCGAGUGUGUGUGUGUGUGUGCAUGGCGUGUGCGUGCGCAUGCCUUUGUGUACCUGUAUGCAUGUGCGAAAUUAACUGUACUGUGGCAGUACAGUGAGGAGAAUGACCGUGUGCUUACUGCACACAGACUCUGUGAAUACCAGAUUGUACGACCUUGACAUGUUUGCCUCUCAUUUGAUGCCUCCAUUUUUUUAUUACAGCUCUAGUGAGUUAAUGUGGUUGUAAAGGUUUAGAAUAAGUCAUUGCACUCCACAACACAGUUUCUCAAAACCUGUUGAAAUGAACACGAGCUCUGGCAGAAGCAUUUUGCAUUGUGAGAGUGAAUUUCACACAGAUUAUUUUCCUCCACUACAAAGGGUUAGUAGUAUAAACUGGACAUACUAUUUUGUCACAUGCAAAAUAACAAAAAAGGACUGCACAAAUGAUUUUGCAUGUUAAGCAUAAUAACUACAAAGUGUAUAUACUUCACAUUUCUGCUAAUCUUUUCCCAAAGUAAGCAGUCGUAUUUUAAAACUUCAUAUAUCAUUCAGAUAGCCCUCCCUUUUAUCCAGCCAUUGGUUUCCAGACUUCAGACUUGUUUCACAUCAGUAUUCCAUCACCAUAAGAAAGUCAUCCACAUUAGUUUUCCUUAAAGCUGCAGCACUCUUGUGUUUUGACGAGUUGAAAUGAGGUGGAGUGAAACAGUCUCUCUGCCGGAAAAUUUAUUAAAAGCCGUAAACAUGCAAUUCACAAAGAGAGCUGUGGCAUAAUCACAGUAAACAUGAGCCUAUUGUUAGGCCCCGUGUUGUUCCACCUUUUUACGCAAAAAUGUAACAAACAAACACUUUUUGCUUGUGGAAAUACUGUAUUUUUAGCAUUUUUCCAAUUAAAAUCCUGUGAUGUCAUUUAUUGACAUGCUGACAGUACUGUAAGCCACUGGAAGAUGUGUUUUUGAGUCAAAAUUUGUGUCGCCUAAAAAAUCUUGUUUCCCUUAGUUGUAUGUGUUGAUGCUUUUUUUUUUUUAUUCAUAGUCUGAAUCAGAAUGUUGAAGAAUCAAUAGACAGAUAAGAUCCCAACAAAUCUCCAUUCACUACAAGGCCACAAAGUGGGUUACACUCAGUAGCCUACUACGAUUCUUUGUAAUGCAAUGAAAGGUUUUUUAUGUUUGAAAUCAAUUUAAAGUCUGUUUAUGUCAUUUCAAAAGAGACUAUUAGGAAAGCAAUGUGCAAAAAAAUUAAAAAAAAAAAAAAAAGAACUAAAACAUUUUUUAAAAAUUACAGAAAAGAGCCUCCAUACAGGGAAGGUGUUUUAGGGGAAACAAGUUUUGGUGCAAUAUGUUGCCUUCACACUUUAGUGUCAUCUCAGUCAGAUAAUAAAUGUUGAAAUGUUACCCUCUGAA